CUGUAUGCGCGUGCAUCCUUUCUCAGUCAAGGUAGUGUCGGUGUUUGGUUUUGUUUCCAGUUCAAUAUCGCAAGCGCUGCUUCCUACCUAUACAACCGCCUUCGAGUAGUGCCAUGGAGCUCAAUGGAACAGUGAAAGCUUUCAACCCACACAAGGGCUGGGGAUUUGUGGAGUGCAAUGGUCAGGACAUGUUCUUGCACAAGAAGGACCUGAAGGGGUUCUGCCCAUCGAAAGGUGACCAGGUGCAAUUCACAGUCGGCCAGACUGAGAAAGGAGCCGUGGCAGAAAAUGUGAAGGUGGUCUCUGCACCCGAGGAGACUGCCUACUACGGUCAAAUCAAGAGCUACAACCCAAGCAAAGGCUUCGGCUUCAUCUCUGCUGAAGCAUUCCCUGACCAAGAUGUCUUUGUGCUGCGGUCUGAGCUUCCCGGUGGAUUUGGUCCUGAGGGAAGCCCUUGCAAGUUCAACGUCUCUAUGGACGAGAAAGGCCCAGCCGCCAAGAAAGUGAUGCUCCUGGGUGCGGCAGGCAGUCAGAUUCAGCAGAUGAAAUGGAUGAUGGGCUAUGGCGGCGGCUGGGGCAAGGGCAUGGGCAAGGGCAAGGGCUUUGGAAAGGGCAGUGCCGACAAGACUUGUUGGGACCUGAAGAAGAAUGGCUCUUGCCCGCGCGCAGCUGAGGGCAAAUGCCCAUGGGAGCCCUGCAAUGGAAAGUCUGCUGAAGCUUGAAGCUCUAAGCUCCAAGGCUGGCAUGUAGAAAAGUAGCUGCAUUUGUAUUGGAAAAUCCUCUGACCAUCUGCCAUGUGUCCUAGUUUUGUCUCAGCAGUUCGUGGUACCGUUUUAAAUUCAGGGG